AUGGCUUCACAUCAAGAACAGGUGCUUCAAUUAGAGGUAGAAGGAGAAGAGACGGUCACCGCGGUUCACAAAGGUCCACGCACUCCUCCACCGCUGGACGACUUCAACCAAAGCGGACCACUCGUGCCGCAGACCAAUAGACGAUCUCAUAGCAGAUCGACAAGCAAUCAACCGUCGGAAAUCCCUCCAAAGAGAGGAAAGAUGAACGACGAAGCCGCGGAUGAGGCAGAAGACCCCGAUGACGCUCAAAGCGUCAAGUCAGAAGACUAUACCUUGGAACCGCGGAUCACGGUUGAUGAAUUGCUCAUCGAUGAGAUCCGCGGCAUGCAUCAAUCCAUUGAGAACAUGGAGCUGACAAUCGCGGCCAACUGUGCUCCACAGAAUAUCCCGCCGGAUUGGAUCAAGAACUCAAAUCAGAUCUCAGCUAACUUGGCGGCCAUAUUGCGCACAAACAAUGACCUCAUUCGAGCCAACAAUUCGACAACCGCGGCACUACAACGCCUAGUCACUCUGGCCACCAAAGACCAAAAGUCCGAUCUACAGAAGGAAUGGCUCAAAGGUUUUCAAGACUUGGCUCAAGACAACAAAGAGACCCGCAGAGCCAUCCAAAAAGUAGAAACCGCGGUUGAACAGCUCGAAGGUAGCAUGUUGCGCCAAGCGGAGCCACAGAUCUUGCAACUCGAUCCGCUGGGCAAGGAAGAAAGAGACACUGCCUCGACAGCUCAAAAGAUCAACCGCGGAUGCGUUCUCUGCCAGAGACAAAAUCACCCGACAGACAUCUGCAAGUCAUACGUGGGAUCGGAUCGUAUCCAAAGAGCCCAACAGCUCAACAUCUGCAUCCACUGUUUGGAAGUAAAUCCAAAUCCACAACGUGGCAAGCAUACUGGAUGUCCGAGUGAAAACAUCAAGUGCAGAAGAUGCGUCGGCAAGGUGAUCGACUCGAGAGCCGCGAAUCACAAUGUCGCCUUUUGUAGCUAUAAAGCUCUCAAGGACGAAAGAUCCGCGGAAGCUCCACAACCACCCAGAAGAAACAAGACCAGCCAGCCAUCAACAUCCGCGCAAAGCAGAUACUUCAACUAG